AUGUCCCGCAAUCACCUGUAUCAGUCAGACUAUCAUGCCAAAGACACGGGGUCGCAUCAAGCGGCAGAGAAUAUGUCCGUGGUGCUCAUUGUCCUUCACCAAGGAAGAACAUCUAUCUCGCCAUAUUCGGUCACACACGAAGGAAAAGCCGUUUGGCUGUGUGACAUGUGGCAAAACUUUCAGUCGCCAGUUUGUAUUUCCAAAACCCUUCUCAUUGGGAAAAAAAGUAUCUUAUGUGACUCCAGUGACUCGCUUCUGCGACAUAGCAGAGUACAUUCUACGGAAGACAAGGCCAAUCAGCCCCUUGACCUAGGGACCUCAUCUCUAGAGACAUAUGGGAAUUCCGAUCAAAUUAUUGGAGGUUCUCAAUCGCUCUCUGUGGAAAAUGAUAUAGAUCAGGUCUCAUUUCCAACACAUCAAACCCCACCGAGUUCGCUGUCACCAAGUCAGCAUGCUGCCCCGCACACCCAAGCUCGCCUGCCAGGAUGGCUUGAAACGAUAGUGCAGCCCCCACAGAACACUGGGCAAGUCAGCUCUCAUGCACCUUUAUAUACACCACUCGAGAGCAUCUUUGAUUCAAGUAUGGAGGAAGCUUUGAAUUUCAACCAGUAUUCUCAAGUCCCCACGUGGCUUGCGGACGAGCAUUUCGACCUAAAUGCUCUGAAUUCGUCGGUGAUGGCAAGCACUCUUGGCUUCUUCUCACCCGACUACACAGCAAAUGAGAAUAGUACCGAUAUCACUAUCCAGAUACUGGAAGAAUCCACUCCAGAGCGCAAGGAAGAUCAAGUCCGGCAAUUGUGGUUCACAUAUGUUGGAACACAUAAGUCUGGCUAUGUCACGCCCGAGGGUGCUCAAGAGCUAGUCGAACUAGAUGAGCAUUACCGGCAAACGUUGUCGCAGAGGCUUCAGCAUCGUGUGCCGACUGAGCCAUUGCCGUCUACCGACUUCUUGAAUUUGUGCAUCCAGCUGUUUUUCACACGAUUCAAUCCAACAUUCCCAAUUGUACACGCACCCACAUUUCGACCUUCGGCAAAGAGUUCUCUUUUGCUGUUGUCUAUAUGCUCAAUAGGGAGUCUCUUUGUAGGCUCAAACUAUGCUGUCACACAGGGAUCUAUCAUUUUUGAGAGACUCAACAAAGCUAUCUUAGCCUCGUGGGAGAAAUAUCUCCUGAGUGGAAAGGGAGAGGCACUUGCAAUGACACAAGCUGCGUUGAUUGGGCAAACAUUUGCGAUGCUUUCAGGGGUAGGUUUUCAUCGAGGCAUAAUUGACCCUGAUCAACAACUAACCUGUUGGCAGAAGCCGAGAAACCUGUUGGUUUUACAGACGUUUCAUGGCACCGUUGCUACCUGGGCUCGAGUAUACAAGAUGUUUAAAGUUCGGCGGGCUACCGAAUAUUUGGAGACACAUCUCCAGACCCACAACGCGGAAGAAUCAUGGAGGACCUGGGCCCAGUCUGAAGAGCAAACUCGUCUGGCAGCAGGUCUUCACAUUCUUGACACAGAGAUAUCGGAAUUAGUGUUGACACAUCCCCUGCUACAGCACGAAGAAUCGUUGCUACCUCUGACCACAAGCCAUGAGCUGUGGGUCGCUCCGAACGCCGCGCAAUGGAAGACAAUUUUGGCCCGCCAACAGGGCGGCUCAGGACUGGAUCAAGAUAACUCUAAUGGCAUAGUGGCUGGACGCGGCACUUUGCCGCCCGGGACUGGACUGCCAGGUGGAUUUCAACGGUACAUUACCCUGGAAGGUAUCAAUGCUCGAAUUGCAGAGACAAGAAGCUCCCAUGCGGCCAGAGACCAGACUGUGUGCGCUCAAUUCGAAUCCCAAUUGAUGCAGUUCUCCGACCAGUACUUUCACGCGAAAACUGACAUAACUGCCCACGAUCCAUUCUGCUUAGAAGUGCUAUGGCACUCUGCCUUUAUUUCACUUCUGGUGGACUUUGAUCGCCUUGAACUAGCGAUUGGCAGGGAAGGUUACGAGGAGUCUUUACUUUAUCGUAAUUAUGCUCACCAAUGGGCUUCUUCCCCAAAUGCGCGUCGUUGUGCUUUACACGGAUCCAUGAUUCUCCGGAAGCUUCAGAAUACCCCAUUAGGUACGGAACCGGCGAUCCAUGUCCCUAGGGCGCUCUAUCGGGCAGCCACGGUGUGGUAUGCGUACUCUGAGUACGGGCUGGAUGUCGAUCCGAGCUCCCCGGAAACACCGCCCGCUGUCAACGUUGAGUUUCCGGAAUUUUCUCGGUUGAAGAUCAAUAGUCAGGCUCUCCUAUUUGAAGCUAAUGGCUAUCGAACGUCGAGACCAAAGACGUCGGAGUCUAGCACGCUUUGUGGGCUUGUCGACCUCUUGCAUCGGAUUGGUCAUUGGGGACUGUCCAGAAAAUUUGCGGAGCAGUUAAGUUUUCUGUUAAAGGAGACACAGAGUUAA